UGUGUGAGUGCUGACUAAGCACAUUGACACACAAAACAGAACCCGACACUCAGGUGUAUAAAAGCUGAGAGUUGACGCAGGUGAGAAGGAAAGCCUCCGUCAGCAACAUGUCCACCACCGGCAUGAACAUGAGAAGCAAGAUCAUCUUCUACGAGGACAGGAACUUCCAGGGCCGUUCCUAUGAGUGCAGCAGUGACUGUGCCGACAUGUCAUCUUACCUGAGCAGGUGUCACUCCUGUCGGGUGGAGAGAGGCUGCUUUGUGGUGUACGACCGCACCAACUUCAUGGGAAACCAGUAUUUCCUGCGGAGGGGCGAGUACGCCGACUACAUGACCAUGAUGGGAAUGAGUGACUGCAUCCGGUCUUGGCGCAUGGUUCCUAUGCACCGCGGCUCCUACAGGAUGAGGAUCUAUGAGCGAGAGAACUUUGGAGGCCAGAUGUAUGAACUGAUGGAUGACUGCAACAGCAUUAUGGACCGUUUCCAUAUGUCCAACUGCAUGUCGUGCCACGUGAUGGACGGACACUGGUUGAUGUACGAGCAGCCCCACUUCAGAGGCCAGAUGGUUUACAUUAGGCCAGGAGAAUACCGGAGCUUCAUGAACAUGGGCAACAUGAGGUUCAUGAGCAUGAGACGCAUCAUGGACUCGUACUAUUAGAGUAAACAAAUAAAGACAUGUUUGAAUUAA